AUGGCAGCUCACUUCCUGGAGACAGAACGCAAAGCACUCGAGACACUGCACGAGUAUACACAAGUACCUGUGCCCCAAAUCAUCAAAUAUGAUAGCCAUGGUGGACCGCUUGGUGCACCAUUUCUUAUGAUGAGCCACAUGCCUGGUCGCAAGCUCUCGGAAAUCGCGCCAUACAUCUCGACCAGCGAGAGAAACUCCAUCGACCACACACUAGGCACACAUGUCCGCGCUCUGACUGCACUAUCUGCCACCCAAUUUGGUAUGACACACCGUGUCUUCGUCAAAAAGGGCAGCAACUCCUGGCGCGAGGCUUUCUUUGCUCUCCUCGAAGCCGCACUACGCGAUGCUGAGGAUAUGCUUGUUAACGCACACUCCGAAAGUAUACGUUUCUGGGUUGGCAAACACGCACACUGCCUGGAAGAAGUUACCGAACCGCGCCUUGUAGCGCUCAAUCUCUGCGACCCGGAGAACGUGCUCAUCGACGAACGUACCAAGCAGGUCAUAGGUCUUGUCGGAUUUUCGAACGUCAUCUGGGGCGACCCUCUCAUGAGCGGCGGUAUCGCGGAUGGCAAUGAAGCGUUCUUCGCCGGCUUGGGAGAUUACCCUGUGAAGACUGGGGGCGCGAGGGUCAGGAUGCUGAUGUAA